AUGCUGUCUCAAACCCUUGGACUCGCCGUCCUCGCUCUGCCUCUACUGGCCGAAGCGAAGGACUGCUCUCAAGCAGCCUUCCAAAAGAUUAUACCAUCUAACUCAACUUUCAACUAUGUCACGAAAGUUGCAGCUGGAGGUACAUUCACAGAUGCCUUCGCGAAUGCCAACGCUACUGGACUGCCCGAAGGAUGUGCUGUGAGUGUCCGGGUACCAACAUCAGGCAACUCGUCCUACAAUAUGGCCAUCUACCUUCCCAACGACUGGAACUCCCGAAUCAUUACUACCGGAAAUGGAGGAUAUGGUGGCUUUACCAAUUGGCAAGAUCUCGGAGUGUACUCUCACUAUGGUUUCUCGGCGAUCACAACUGAUACUGGUCACGAUAACCCAAAUCCUUUAGACUCGACCUUUGCCUUGAACAAGGGAUCACUGGAGAACUGGGGCUGGCGUGCUAUGCAUGGCUCUGUACUUAUCGGUAAAGCACUUUCUGCUGAAUACUACGGCCAAACUCACAAGUACUCAUACUACUCUGGUUGCUCGACUGGUGGUCGUCAAGGACUGAAGGAGAUGCAAGUAUCUCCUGAAGCCUUCGAUGGUCUCUUCGUCGGCGCACCUGCAUGGUGGAUCCCUCAUCUAGGCAUUUACACCAGUCAAGCUACCCUGGGUAACUUGCCUCAAAAUUCUUCUCACCACAUCUCCGCUGCUUUGGCUACUUUCAUCAAUGAUGAGAUCCUCAAGCAAUGUGAUCCUCAAGACGGAGUCACUGACAAGGUCAUCAUGAACCCUGAGGGCUGCGUAUUCAAUCCUCUGACCCUCCUCUGUGAAGGAGCAUCAAACUCUUCCGCCUGUAUCACUCGUCCUCAGCUCGAUACCUUAUAUAAGGCCCUCCAUGAUUGGACCUACUUCGACGGCACCUUGAUCUUCCCUGCCCCUUCGCUUGGUACACCGCUUGUUGCAUAUAUCGGUGACAGCCCAAUUCCGAACCCAAUGGGUACUGGCAUGAUCGAGCACCUGCUGCUGAACACCACCGAGCCCUACGACUGGAGCACCUUCAAUGAGAGCGUCGUCCGUCUUUCCGAAGCCAUUGAUCCUGGCAAUGCUUCUCCUGACGACUACGACAUCUCCGCUUUCGAGAAGAGAGGCGGUAAAGUUAUUCACUGGCACGGUAUGGCGGACCCCGUUAUUCCUUUCAGAUCAAGCACAUACUUCUACAGUCAAGUGGCUUCCUCUGUCGCACCUCACGGUAUCGAGAUGGACGACUUUUACCGCUUCUUCCCCAUCGCUGGCAUGAGUCACUGUUCGGGCAGCGAGGAAGCACCUUGGUUCAUCGGAGGUGCGAGUCAGCCUUUGACCAACGUCAGUCACGGUGUUCCCGGUUUUGAGGAUGCGCAGCAUAAUGGUCUGCUUGCUUUGAUGAGGUGGGUUGAGAAUGGUACUGCUCCCGAGAAGUUGGUUGCUACAAAGUACAACGAUGAUGAUCCAAAGAAGGGAGUCUACCGCCAGAGACCACUGUGCCCCUAUCCGAGCGAACCGGUAUAUACACAUGGCAAGAUUGGUUUUGCAAGCAGCUGGAAGUGUUCAUAA